AUGAACCCCGCAAGUGCUCGCGAAGCCAGCGCAUCAACUCCCCCAAACGCCGGCGAGCAUGGCAUCGAAGGAUUCUUCCGCGCCCAAAGCCUUCCAGGUCGACCCGCACGCGAGAUUCCCCGUCCCCGCGUCAACGUCAACGACAUCAGAACCUGGCUCGGAAAUGUGGAGACAGAAACAAAGUCCGACUUCGAAAAAGAUCCUCUGUCGGACGUCUUUCUCGCAAUGGAGGAGUACUUGAACAAGCUCGAUUUCAGAGAAACCGACCUCAACAACUUCAGGAUCAUGUACCACUGCAUCAGCGCCUGGGAUCACAGCGAGCCACAAAUCAAACAACUGAAGAGCUACAUGGCGGAGGAACGCUCGAAAAAGCGCGCGUGUCAGGCUGCUCUAGCUGCCAUCCGCGCUGAUAUGGAGCGCGUCCAGUCGAGGAUUGCUGCCUAUCGCUGGUGGCUCAAGUCGGCCAGGAUCACGGAGACGCAUCUGGGGAUUCUGAAGAGGCUUUCGAGAUCGUUUGUCCUCAUAGUAGGACAUAUUUCACUCUCCAUCACAGAAGUUGACAGCAGCUCGAAAAGAUGUGCCGAGAUGAAAGAGUUGGAAACCGAGUUGGCUGCAGCGCGAGCGAAGAUUUUCGAGAUCAGGACAAACCUCAAAGAGGAUCUCACGGCCAUGUUUGAGAAGAUAUCUGUUUUAGGAAGGGAGGCGGAGUCAACGCCGUGA